AAUGAGACAUCUUCACUAUCAAAGUAUUGCCUAGACCUCACUACGGCUCUGUCCUUCCUGUUAUCUAUUAUACGGAUUUUAUUUUGUUUUGUGGUGUUCAGUGUUCAGUCACAGUUUAAUGUUUCAGUAUCAGUAGUCGAUACUCGUUAUUCGUCGUUUGUUGUUGUGGGUGAGCUAAGCCCAGUUCUGAACUAUUUUACUUGUCUAUUCGUGACAACAUAACCUCUUUGGUUAAAACUUAGUCCUAUUUCAUUUAUCUUUGUCAUUAAAUGUAAUAUUUAAUUUUGCAAUGUAAUAGUUGAUAAUAUUAGUGUUUGUUUACCCUGAUAACUACGAUUUAGUUUUGGGUAUCAACAGUUUAAGAAAAAGACAUUGUAUUCAGUAUGUGUUUAUAACAUCAUAGUAAAAUAAGGCAAGUGGUUCUAGUACCUCAGUUUUAUAUACUUAACUCAUAAAUUAGAAAAUUUUUAAGUAUGGAUUCAACAAAAAAGUAUGUGAAAAAUUCUCCCGAAGAAAAAGCAAAUUUUCUAUCCAAAAUCUUUUUAUGGUGGUUUCUUCCGUUCUUUAAAUAUGGAUAUAAAAACGAUGUUGAACUUAAAGACAUAUACAAUGCAACAAAACCUGACAUGUCUGAAUCUUUGGGAGAUCAGCUCCAAAAAAAUUGGGAAGAACAAAUCAAGAAAUGUGAUCAAAGCCAAAAUAAAAAUAAACCCAGUUUAAAGUCAGCAAUUGUGAAAACUUAUUUAAAAAUGUAUACGGCAUCGGGAGUGAUGAUAUUUUUGCAGUUCAUAGUUAUUAGGAUGUUACAACCCAUAGUACUCGCAGAAUAUAUUAAUUUUUUCGACAAAAAACAUGGAAUAAAGCCUAAUGAAGUUGGGUGGCUCUUGGCAUCUGGAGUUGUUAUUAUGGCGUUUUUAAAUGUUAUCCUUCUUCAUAAUACAUUUUUAAAUACUCAACGAGUGGGCAUGAGAGUAAGAAUUGCAGUGGGUUCCUUACUGUAUCGAAAACUGUUAAAAUUAAAUCACACAUCACUUGGUAAAACGGCAGCGGGACAACUAGUCAAUCUUUUAUCCAACGACUUACAGAGGUUUGAUUACGCUGCGGUGUUCCUACAUUACAUUUGGGUAAUGCCCAUUAACAGUGCGAUAUCUUUUUACAUUAUGUACAGAACGUGCAAUCUUGUAGCUGCGCUUACAGGAAUGGGUGCAGUAAUACUGGAAGCACUUCCUCUUCAAAGUUACCUAUCAAGACUGCAAGGACAAUUACGAGGAAAAAUUGCUGUUAGGACAGACACAAGAAUUAAACUUAUGAGUGAAAUAACGUCAGGAAUUCAAGUAAUUAAAAUGUAUGCUUGGGAAAAACCUUUUGAGAAAGUUGUAGAACUAGCUAGGAGGUUGGAAAUCGAUAGUAUCACAAAAUCAUCUUACAUUCAUGGUAUGCUAUCGUCAAUGUCUGUGUUUACUGAACGUUUUGCGUUAUUUAUUGUGGUAAUAACAUUUGUACUAAUGGAAGGAAGAAUAUCAGGGGAUAUUGUAUUUUCAAUGGCUCAACUUGUAAACACUGUUCAAUUGAUUUUUGCCAUGUUCUUCCCAAGAGCUUUAUCUACAUAUGCUGAAGCCAAAGUAUCGAUUAAAAGAAUAGAAGAAUUCCUUCUUCUGGAAGAGACCGCACCGAAGAAAAAACUUGGAGAAAAAGGUACAUUAGCAGGGAAACCAGGCGAAAUAGAAUUGUUCAAUGCCACAGCAAGCUGGUCAGAGAAUCCAAUAGUACCUACAUUAGUAGAUCUAAAUUUACACUUAACGCCAGGAACCCUGUGUUGCGUUGUUGGAAAUGUAGGAGCUGGAAAAAGUAGUACAUUACACCUUUUGCUCAAAGAAUUAUCGCCUACGAAUGGAAAGGUGAAUGUUUUCGGAAAUGUUGCAUAUGCUAGUCAAGAACCAUGGUUAUUUGUUUCUAAUGUACGGGAGAAUAUUUUGUUCGGUAGACCUUACGAUAAAAAGAGAUAUCAAGAUGUUAUUCGUGUUUGUUCACUUGAAAGAGACCUGAAGGAGCUACCACAUGGUGAUAAAACUUUAGUAGGCGAACGAGGUGCAGCAUUAAGUGGAGGUCAGAAAGCUAGAGUUAACUUAGCAAGAGCCGUAUAUUCAGAAGCUGAUAUUUAUUUAUUUGACGAUCCACUCUCUGCAGUGGAUACAAAAGUAGGAAGACAUCUAUUUGAUGAAUGUAUGGUGAAAUAUUUAAAAAAUAAGACGAGAAUUUUAGUGACUCAUCAGCUUCAGUAUAUGAAGAAAGCUGAUAUUAUUGUUAUAUUAAAUAAUGGCAGAAUCGAAAAAGCUGCAAAUUUUAGUGCGCUAUCUCAGGAUGAACUUAAUGUUUUACAACAAGAACCUGAACCAGAAGAAAAUGAAAAAGAAGUUAACAAAGAGCGAUCAAAACUAGAAAGAUCAGAAAGCGCCGUAAGUGAGAAAUCACUUCGUUUAGAACGUUAUCAGUCUAAUACAUCAUUAACGGUUUCCGAGGAGCCCGAAGAUAAAUCCAACGAUAGAGAAGAGGAAGUUGAACAAGGCACUGUCCCAUUGUCAACAUUUGUUGAAUAUUUCCGAUCAGGUGCAGGUGUUUUCUUUUUGACAGUAACAGCGGCAGCAUUCAUUUUUGCCCAAGCUUUUACCAAUAUAACUGACUUGUGGCUGACGCACUGGACCAAUGUCGAGGGAAAAUACUACGCUGAUAUGUUGGCCAAAAAUGUUAAAAAUACCACUGAAGUAAAUUCAAAUAAUUUGACAAACGCAGUAAAUACCCUUUUACCCUUAUUGACUUCUGCAGCUCCUCUGUUAUCAACACUACCGACCUUACCCACAAAUAUUUCUGUCAUGGAAUCUAUACCAACCAUAUCCUCUGCGAUCGACACUACUACAGUUAGAAUAGAAGCUGAAGAACCUUAUGAUCAGAAAACAUAUAUAAUCAUUUAUACCAUUUUGAUGUUUUCCAGUAUGAUUUUAUUAACCCUGAGGUCUUUCUUGUACUUUAUAGUAUGUAUGUCAUCUUCAAGAGCUUUACAUAAUAAAAUGUUCAGUAAUAUCCUUCAAGCUCCUAUGAGAUUCUUUGAUACAAAUCCUUCAGGUCGUAUAUUGAACAGAUUUUCAAAAGAUAUGGGAGCAAUAGAUGAAAUGUUACCAAAAACUGGUAUUGACACAAUCCAAAUAUUCACAGUUUUGGUAGGCGUUUUAGUUUUGGUUUUUAUAGUAACCCCUUUGAUGAUUAUUCCUACUAUCUUGAUUGGAUUUUUGUUCUAUUAUUGCCGUAAUGUUUACUUAGCUAGUGCACAAUCCAUUAAACGAUGGGAAGGAGUAGCCAAAGCUCCAGUCUUUUCACAUGUUUCUGCUACUUUACAAGGAAUAUCAACUAUAAGAGCUUCAAAUUCUGAAGAAAUGGUCAUAAAAGAAUUUGACGUUUUGCAAGAUCAGCACACUGGUACAUAUGUCUGUUUUCUUGUUAGUAGUACAGCAUUUGGACUUUAUUUGGAUAUUAUCAGUACGAUGUUUUUGGCACUACUUACCUAUCAAUUCUUAAUUUUCAGUACCGAUAGUACAGCGGGAGGAAAUGUAGGUUUGGUUUUAUCCCAAAGCUUAAUUUUAACCGGAAUGUUACAAUACGGAGUGCGACAAACUGCGGAGGCUAUUAGCAAUAUGAUAAGUGUAGAAAGAGUACUGCAAUAUACAAAGUUAGAAAAGGAAGGACCGUUCGAGUCUUUAACCAAACCACCUAGAGAUUGGCCAGAGAAAGGAAAAAUUAUUUUUAAAAAUACUUUCCUUAGAUAUUCCCUUGAUGUACCUCCUGCUUUAAAGAAUUUGAAUAUUGAAGUAAAUUCUGGAGAAAAGGUUGGUAUAGUGGGGAGAACAGGAGCAGGAAAAUCAACAUUGAUCGCAUCGUUGUUCAGGUUAGCCCCAAUCGAGGGAACGAUUUCCAUAGAUAAUUUAAAUACGGCAGAAAUAGGCCUAAAAGAUUUAAGGCUGAAUGUAUCUAUAAUUCCCCAAGAGCCUAUUUUAUUUUCGGAAUCAGUUAGAUACAAUUUGGAUCCAUUUGAAAAAUAUAGCGAUGAAAUACUUUGGAAAGCAAUAGAAAACGUUGAACUAAAACAUGUCAUUACUGAUUUAAAUCAAACUGUCAGUGAAGGAGGGUCAAACUUCAGUGCAGGUCAGAGACAACUUCUUUGUCUCGCAAGAGCUAUAGUUCGAAACAAUAAGGUUCUUGUUAUGGAUGAAGCUACUGCCAAUGUAGACCCAGGCACUGAUGCCCUAAUUCAGAAAACAAUCCGCGAGAGGUUUAAAGACUGUACGGUACUUACCAUCGCCCAUCGACUUAAUACUGUUAUGGAUUCAGACCGCGUGUUGGUAAUGGAUGCGGGAGAAGCAGUAGAGUUUGACCAUCCUUACACACUUCUCCAAAACCCCAACGGUUAUUUCAGUAGAAUGCUUAAAGAGACGGGACCAGCUAUGGAAGAGAUGUUGAAGGCAGUGGCAAAAGAAGACUAUAAUAAGAAGCAUGGUGGAAAAUUAGAAAUAAAAUCAGUUGAAGAAAAAAAAGUGGAAUAAAUAAUUCAAAUUUUGUGUUCUAGUAAUCGUUGAAAAAUGACAGUAGAAAUUGAACAGUGUUUUGUAAGGUUGUUCCUUCCGUAAAGAUUGGAAGUAUUACAAAAUUUAAACUAUUGUUACGUUUAGUUAAGUUAACAGUAUAACUUAUUACUCAUUUAAACUACAUCACAUUCGGAUGAUUUUUCCAGAACAAAUUCCCGUAAAUAAUGUUAAAUGAAUUUUAUGGUAUUUAAUAAACUUAAACCUUGUACUGAUUAUUGUUAAAUGUUGUCAAUUUAUUACUAUGUACAUAUUGUUUUUGUUUAUUGAUUUAAAACUAAUAGGUACUUAAAAUGUUUUUAUUUUAAACGUGAGACUAGAAAGUCAACGCAAACCAAAUUACUAUUUAUUUACCUAACUUAUUUAUUUUAUAAUAGUGCAG